AUGGGACAGGUGAGCAGCUUCAUCGCUGUGAUCCUAGGAGUUUCACCAUAUGUGCUGGACACCUACACCAAACAGUGCUGUGGGCAGUGUGAAUAUAGAAAAUGGCCCCAGAGGGAACUCAGUUGCUAUGAGGAUGAGGACUCCAAACAGAUGGGCUCUCAGCCAAGCACAGAUUUGCCUUGUGUGCAGUUUACUUGUGUUUUAAAUCCUGGCACUUUUGUGGUUCCUGUGAAUAGGCAGGUAACCACGGGCAAAGGAGAUCCUAAGCAGCGGAGAGGCAAAAUGUCAUCGUAUGCAUUUUCCGUGCAAACCUGCAGAGAGGAUCAUAAGAAGAAGCACCCAGGUGCUUCUCUCAACUUCUCAGAAUUUUCUAAGACGUGUUCAGAGAGGUGGAAGACCAUGUCUGCUAAAGAGAAAGGUAAAUUUGAAGACAUGGCAAAGGCGGACAAGGUCCAUUAUGAGAGAGAGAGGAAAACCUAUAUCCCUCCUAAAGGUGAAACAAAAAAGAAGUGCAAAGAUCCCAACGCGCCCAAGAGGCCCCCUUUUGCUUUUUUCUUAUUUUGUUAUGAGUAUCACCCCAAAAUCAAAGGCGAGGACCCUGGCCUUUCCAUUGGUGAUGUUGCGAAGAAGCUUGGAGAGAUGUGGAGUAAUACUGCUGCCGAUGACAAGCAGCCCUAUGAGAAGAAGGCUGCUAAGCUGAAGGAGAAGUACGAGAAGGAUAUUGCUGCAUCCAGGCCUGAUGCCGCCAAAAAGGGAGUUGUCAAGGCCGAAAAAAGCAAGAAGAAGAAAGAGGAGGAAGAUGAAGAAGAUAAGGAGGACAAGGAAGAAGAGGAAGAUGAGGAUGAAGAAGAUGAUGAUGAUAAGGAUGAAUAA